AUGACUGAGUCGGAAAGGAUAGAAAGGAUAUUGAAGGGGUUCGAUCCGGUUAGUCAUGGACUUUCAGAGGAUUUUAUACUUACCAAACUGACUGCGAUGAAAGGCUGUGGAUGCAAAGUACCGAGAGAUGUUUUACUGGAGCUUCUCAAAACCUUUGACACGAACUUUGUAAUCGAUGGCGAGGGUGUUGGAAUCGGUCUUGACAGUUGCGUGGUGCCGCUUCGCCACAAGGGUUUGAAUCUCGUGCAAACAACAGAUUUCUUCUAUCCAUUAAUAGAUGACCCAUACUUAAUGGGUCGUGUCACAUGCGCGAAUGUGUUAAGUGAUUUGUACGCGAUGGGUGUUGUUAAUUGUGACAAUAUGUUAAUGCUACUCGGAGUUGCUGUCGAUUUGAAUGAAAAGGAACGUAACGUCAUUGUUUCAAUGUUCAUUGAAGGAUUCAGGGAUGAAGCAAACGCAGCUGGAACUAAAGUUCGUGGUGGUCAGACUGUUCGUUGUCCUUGGCUUCUUCUGGGAGGUGUAGCGACUAGCGUUGCUUCAGAUAAAGAAAUUAUAAUGGUAGAUCGUGCAGGACCUGGAGACGUGCUCGUUUUGACAAAACCUCUGGGUGGUCAGGUCGCCGUGAAUGCCUACGAAUGGCUAAAAAAGAAGAAUGGACGAGUGGAGGAAUAUGGCCUUGAUGAAAAGAAAAUCGUCCGUGCCUUUCAGCAGGUCACUGAACAAAUGACUCGAUUGAACAGGAAUGCUGCUAAAAUGCUCCAUAAAUUCAGUGCUCAUGCUUCAACAGAUGUAACUGGCUUCGGAAUUCUUGGCCACGCUGAUAAUCUUGCUCGAGCCCAACAAGAAAACGUGAAAUUUGUGAUUGACACCCUACCAGUCAUUGAGUACAUGGAUGAAAUCGCCCACAAGAUGCCCAAUGGGAACGGCUUCAAUCUCUUUGGAGGCACUGCUGCUGAGACCAGUGGUGGUUUGUUAGUUGCUCUCAGUCCGGAGAAUGCAGAGGGCUUCAUUAACGGUAUGAAAUCAGCGGAUGGAUUUCCAGCAUGGAUUGUUGGACGCGUUGAGAAGCUCGAGGAAGGAACGAGCCAUGCGGUUAUUGAUAAAGAAUGCAAGGUGGUAUCUGUACCCUCCGCUAUACACAACUGA